UUGUUAAUAAAGCUUUUGAUAAAGUAAUGAGUGAAAUUAACAAAAGUAUAGAAAAAGCUUUAAAUGACAAUUAUAUUGAUAAAGACACUGAAAAGGCAAAAAAUAAACAAAAAAGAAAAUUCAGCAUUGUUAAGGAUAUUGGACAUGAAUAUGUCUAUAAUCUAGAAGAAAUGGCACUCCAUAAUAGAGAUGUCACUGAAGAAUAUGUAAAAUUUUUCUUGCGAGAAUUGAAGGAAAAUUCAAAAACUUCCAAUGCUGCUGUAGA